AUGACAGAUCUCUUGGUGUGUGAGGAAGGACAAGAGUCACAACCCCUGAAGAGGGACACAAGAGAAUCCAAACUGAGGGAAGAAGAUGAGGAAGAUGCUGAGCUCAUCUUCGUUGGGGUGGAAGAUGUAAAUAAUGACGCUGAAAUUGUCUUUGUCAGGAUGGUUUCAAAACCGGCCAUUUCAAACAUUUUGAAUAGAGUUCCCCCAGGCUCCUAUUCAAGAAGAAAGAAAAGCCAUCUCCAUCAAGAUUCUGCUCAGGGGUCUCAGCCUGCAAAUCACACGGCCCCACAGCAGACAGCAAAAAACGUGGUGCUGGUUCCUCCAUCUGAAGGGAGAUCGACAGAUGGUCCUAUGACGCUUGAGUCUUCAUCUAAACCUGGUUGUGAAAUGAGCUCACCACAAGUUGUUCCUCAGAAUUCCUUGGAUUUGCGCUCUGCAAAACCUCAGGGCCCAGUAGGAACUAUGCUCUCUGUGGGAGGCAGAGAUGAGAGUCCUUGGGAUUCAAAGCGACUCUCCAUUUCGGAUAUAAACAGCAAGAAUCUCAAAAGGGCUAAACUCAGGGAUGGAAUCCCAGGGGUGUGCUCUUUAGUUGUGGUCUCCUCUGAUAUCUCUCCCAUAAUGACCAGUUCACCCUCCCGGGGCGUCCCCAACACAUCAAGCUGUGUUCAGGAUGAAGCAUCAUUUCUGUGGGCUGAUGAUAAUGAAAAGCCACAUUUCAGUCUUGUGGAUCCAGAUGGAGCAAAUGGCCCUGAAGGUCUGGUACUAACAGACUUUUCUAGUCUGGCAAGUCAAAACAAGAACUUUGACCCUGAGAAAGGAAAUCUGGUCAUGCUACUUAGUGACUUCUACUACGGACAGCAUAAAGGAGAUGGGCUGCCAGAGCAGAAGACACACACAACCUUUAAAUGCCUCAGCUGCUUGAAAGAUUUGAAGAAUGUUAAGUUUAUGAAUCACAUGAAGCAUCAUUUGGAACUUGAGAAGCAGAAGAGCGAUAGCUGGGAAAACCAUACCACCUGCCAGCACUGCCACCGACAGUUUCCCACUCCCUUCCAGCUGCAGUGUCACAUCGACAGUGUGCACACUGCCCAGGAGCCCUCUCCUGUCUGUAAGAUCUGUGAAUUGUCAUUUGAAACAGAUCAGGUCCUGCUGCAACACAUGAAGGACAAUCAUAAGCCCGGAGAAAUGCCCUAUGUGUGUCAGAUUUGCCAUUACAGAUCGUCGGCCUUUGUUGAUGUGGAAACACAUUUUAGAACGUGCCAUGCUGACACAAAAACUUUGCUUUGUCCAUUUUGUCUCAAAAUUUUCAAAACUGCACCACGAUAUGUAAAUCAUUUUUGGAGUCACUGGAACAAGAGGGUGUUUCGAUGUCCCAAGUGCCGGCUACAGUUUUUGACUUCGAAAGAGGAAGUAGAGCACAAAACCAAGAAUCAUCAGACAUUUAAAAAGCCAGAGCAAAUAGAAAGGUUACCUCCUGGAACAAAAAUUAUUAUUCAAACUUCAGCUCAACCAAGAUGA